CAGUGGACACCAGUGUGGUCUCCCGUGUGCCCAAAUACUCAAUUGUCAAUCUUCUUCCAAAUCCUCUAGUCAAGCAUUCACACCUCCGUUCAGAUUUCCAAACCGUCCCGUGUGCAUGAAUUUCUUCACAAGUUUGAUUUUUCUUUGCUCAAAUUUAUCAUCUGUGGAAAUCUGGGAAAUUUGCUAAUUUUUUGGAGUGUGUUCCAUAGUGAUUAUCCAUUUUGGACUAAUCAUUCUGAGAGGGAGAUGGCAUACACAGGGAUGGAAUUGUUCAUGGAGAACUUGAAGAUGCUGAUUUAUAACAAUGAUAAUCCAGUCAUCAAUAACCACCCAUCAGUUUUAUCAAAAAGAUCCGAAAUUCUAUUGCUUUAUGAAGAGCUCAGCUCCAUGAUCCAAAUCUUGUUUGUUGAAAAAGAAAAUGACAUACAUGAGCUUGAAGAGGUUAGAAAUCUGAAGAAAAGAUUCAGAGAUUUAGCAGAAGAGGUACAUAAUACUAUUGGUCUCUUUGUAUAUGUUGUCAAUUUCAAAAGUAAAUAUGACUCGAUUGAAGACGGCCCGAAUUUUAAAAGUGCUGAGAGUUCAUACAAGUAUAAAUACUCCCUGGAUCUUAAGAAUGUAAUGAAAUCUGUAAAAUCUAUCAGAAAACAAUUAGAUAAGAUCCCUGAUAAGCUGAAAAUGGUUUCGUCUCGAAGCAUCAACCGCCUGAAAACAGAAUCUGUUUCUGCGGCUGGAAUUUCCGGAACCAAAAAUCCAGUAAGAAUGAAAAAAGUACUGAAUAAUAUGGUUGUGGGGCUCAAGCAUGAUGCUGGGCUAAUUAGGGACAAACUUGUGGAAGAUCAGAAGCAGUUAGAUGUGGUCUCUAUUGUUGGCACGGGUGGCAUAGGUAAGACUACCCUUGCUGCCAAAGUUUUCAAUGAUCCUUUUGUGGUUUACCAUUUCCAUGUGCGCGUGUGGGUCACUGUUUCUCAAACAUAUGAGAAACAAGAUUUGUUAAUUCAGAUUCUUUCAUUCAUGGAUGUUCAACUAGACCUUGCAAGUGCUAGUUACUCUCGCCUUCGUGAAGUAUUGCACAAAAGUCUUAUGGGCAAGAGAUAUUUGAUUGUCAUUGAUGACAUAUGGAGCAAUGAGGCAUGGGAUGACCUGAAACUAUAUUUCCCCAAUAGUAACAUCGGAAGUCGAAUUCUUCUCACUAGUCGCCUCAAAGAAGUUGCCUUGUAUGCAAAAUCACAUGGUUUUAUUCAUCAGUUGGAAUAUUUGACCGAUGAGGAAAGCUGGGAGUUGUUAUGUAAGAAGGUGUUUCUUGGUGUUGAUUGCCCUGAGUGGUUGAAAGAAACUGGAAUGCUAAUAGCAAAAAACUGUCAUGGCUUGCCACUUGCUGUGGUUGUCAUUGCUGGAAUACUAGCAAAAGAAGCAUUAACCAAAGAUUCAUGGGAAAAAAUUGCUCAAAGUGUGAAUUCGUAUGUUGUUAGUGACCGCAAUGGGUUUUUGGAUAUGUUGGCUUUAAGUUAUGACCAUUUACCUCCUCACUUGAAGAACUGUUUUCUUUACUUAGGCGCAUUCCCAGAAGACGACAAGUUUCAAGUACGAAGACUGAUCUGGUUAUGGAUGGCUGAGGGAUUUAUACAAGAAGAUGGAAAUCGAACCUUAGAGACAAUUGGAGAGGAAUAUCUAGGGGAACUAGUCAAUAGAAAUCUCGUAAUUGUUGCUGAUAGAAAGUUAAAUGGUGGCAUCAAAGCUUGUUAUGUCCAUGAUCUUUUAAGGGAGCUCUGCUUAAAAAAGGCAACACAAGAAGGUUUCUUCUUAAAAAUAAACACACAAAUGAGUUGUUUAGCUUCUAUGAGACCACGCCGCAUAUUCACAAAUGUUGACUUCUUUGCCAACAACUAUUUUGAUAAGCAUAGCCCAACGGUCCGAUCACUUGUGUGUUUGCAUAGUGGUGGAUCCAUGAUUAACAUCAUGGAUAAGCAUUUCUAUGCUUACCCUCUUUUAAUGGUUUUGGAUCUACAAAAGUGUAAAUUGUAUGAUUUUCCAAAGGCUAUAGAAUUACUCGUUCAUUUAAGAUACAUUGCGUUUUGGUAUAUGAGAGGUUUCCCAUCCUCUUUAUGCAAUCUUUGGAGCCUUCAAACCAUUGUAACUAAGAGUGUUACCGCCUUGUGGUUGCCAAAUACAAUAUCAAACUUGGUGAAUCUAAGGCAUUUGAAGAGUGACAAGGACAUAUAUUUCAACUCGAUUGAAAAACCAAUGAAUUUGCAAACCAUUUCUAAUGUGAAGUUGGGAAAUGGGGCUGGAAAUUGGGUGAAAUAUAUUCCUGCUAUCAAGACGCUUAAAGCAAUGACUCGCGCUCAAGAUGAUCAUGACUUUGAAACGCUCACUUCCUUAGAAACACUCGUGUGGGUUACCAUAGGCUUAAAAGGAUUUGUAUAUGGUAAGCUAGAAUAUCCCAAGAUUCACAUGAGGCUUCCUACUUCAUUGAGAAAACUUUCAUUAACAGGGUGUUACCUUCCAUGGAGUGAUAUGUCCAUAGUGCAAUCUCUUCCAAACCUUGAGGUUUUGAAAAUACUAGACAACGCCUUUUUGGGACCCAGAUGGGAAACCGGCGAGUCUGAGUUUCAACAACUAAAAUACUUGAAACUACAAGGCUUGUGCAUCCAACACUGGGAAGCUUCAAGUAUUAACUUCCCAUGUCUCAAACAGUUAGUGUUGGAUAGAUGCAAACAUCUGGAAGAGAUUCCACUUGAACUUGGGGACAUCCCAACACUCCAGCUUAUUGAUGUUGAUGACUACAAUAACUCUGUUAUAGAAUCACUUGGAAGAAUUUGGGAAGAGCAACAAAAUCUUGGAAACUAUGACCUCAAAAUAAACGUUCGAAGGCGUUGGACAUCCAACUUUCUUCUUGGAAAACAAGAGAGAUCUGAUUCUUUUGACAAGCGAUGGAUGGCCUUUCUCAUUGAAAAUCAAGAGAAAUCCGAUUUUGGUGAUGGUUGUAUCAAACCCAUGUGAUUUUUGGAACACAAUGGGGUCUACAACGUCGAA